AACACUGCCAUUGCCUCCCCCACAAGCCUUUGAUACUCCACAAGGUUCCUUGGUCUAUACCAAGUCAGUGUUAAGACCAAUCACGCAAGGGAACAUCUUAGACAAUACAAGUGAAACUGAGCUUCGUAUUAGCCUCGUAUUGCUGUGUAAUAGAACCACUUAGCUCGGAGACUCAAUUUUCGGCGAGAGAUCUAAGAACACUGCCGCUACAGUUGGCAUCCUCUUACGGCCAAGUGAGACCACAGCUCUCUCAGAAGCCGCCACUUCAACGCAGAGCAAACACCACACUUGCUAGUCUGAAGCCCGGGAAACAACCACAACAUGUCAUCCAAGGCUUCAAAAUCAUCAGAACAAAGCUCCAAGAAGCAACAUUCCUCAAAAUCAAAGUCAAAGUCAAAGAACGACGACUGGGCAGAAAUCACAGAUCCCGAGGAGCGCCGGCGCAUCCAAAAUCGGCUGGCUCAACGCAAAUUCAGGAAGAAGAACCAAGACAGCAAAGAAAAGGCCGACCGCGACGCAGACAACGAGACCAACGCCAAGAACACGUACGAAGUCGCCUCGGGCUCCUCCGAUCCCAGCGGCGCCGGCGCCGGCGGCGUAGAAGAGGGAGCCGAGUCCGGACUCCCCUGGGGCAGCAUCAACAUGAACCACGUCAUCACCCGCGGCCACGAGCACGAGAGCCGCCGGGGCAGCGGCCGCGACGACUACGUCAGAGAGGACCCGUAUUACAUGACCAACUACGGCAACGGCUAUACGGAGGCGUACCAGCCGGCGGCGCCCGCGAGUUAUGGGAGCAGUGGCGGGGAGGAUUACUACUAUGGCGGUGACUCGCCGUAUUACUUGGAUUAUGAUCAGGGUGGUGACGUGAACCAGGGGUAUCACAGUCGGCACUAGUUCGAGAUUUCUUGGGACACUCUGGAUACGAAGACACAGGCGUUUGGGCUGGGCUGGGAUGGGCUGGGUUGAUUUAGCAUAGAAAAACAGGGGGGAAGGUGGGCGCGUAAGAUUUUCUUAUUUCGUCCACAGGAUGGGCCUUACACUUUUACCUCCAUUUCUUCUACUCGUGUUUCCUUUUUUUCACACCACUCAUCCUGUGUUCAAUCCAGUUUUUUUUUUUUGGAAAAGAAGUGAAUG